GCAUGACAUCAUCUAGUUCACAGUGGAAUAAUGAACGUUCUUCUAGUCCUGAAACUUUACCAAGUGACAUAGCCACUUUGCCAUUAACUGAUACCAAAGAUUUACUAAGCACUGAAUGCAAUUGUAGCCAUAAUGGUGGAGGAAAUAGUAACCAUAACAACACAUCAUCAUCAUCAACAUCAGCCGUCGCAUCAUCAGCAGCAAUAAUAACAACAACAUCAUCAUCAUCCUCGUUGUCGGGUUGUAACAAUGGUUGUGUAACUGAUGUCACCGCAACGGCAACUACAAAUAGUUCAAUACUGGGCAACAGCAGCAAUAGUAGUAGUGGCGGUCACACGACCACAAAUGGUGGAGGAAAUUCUUCAUCAUCAGUUACUUAUGGAGCUGGUGUUGGUGUAGGUGGUGGUGGCAACAAUGGCUUAUCAAAUAUACGCACAACAGCAGUGGAUCAUGUUGAUAAUCACUCAUCAUUGUUUGCUCACUUUGAUAUGCUAAGACAUGGUGGCCAUCACAACAACUACAGCAAUACAUCGUACAAUCGUCCGAUAUCAACACCGGCUUCGGGCUUAAUUAACAAUGCGAAUUUAUCCUCAGCUGCGGGUGGCGCAACAACGAAUGGUCAAAUGUCAACAUCAACCUCAAUGUACAGUCAUCAUAUUUUGGAUAAUUCAAGCUCAGAUUUAAGGGGUGGUGGUGGGGUUGAUAUAUACCAUGGUGGUGGUUGUGGCGGUGUUGGUAGUAGUAGUAUUAUAAAUAGUAGUAGCGGUACAACAAAUGUUGGUGGCGUUGGUGUUGGAGGCCAUCAUCAUGGUUCGAGUGUGGGUGGUGGUGGUGUUGUUAUAAGUGGCACUCACUAUCAUCAUCACCAUCAUCAUCACCAUCGUCAUCAUAGUCAAGAUAGUUAUACAUCAGCUUCACCCUCUUCUUCAUCAGCAUUAUCAUCGUAUCUGCAUACUAACAAUUCUAGUGGUAGUAAUAGUGUUGUUGGUGGUGGUGGUGUUGGUAUUGGUGGUCAUUUACAUUCCUCCUCCUCUUCUUCCUCCAUAUUGUCCUCGUCAAAUGCUAACACCUCUUUAGUGUCUACAAAUGUUUGUCAUACUUCAAAUUUAAAUUCAAAUUCGUUUACCUAUUCCUCCUCCCCAUCCCCUUCGUUCUCCCCCUCCUCGUCCACUUAUACUAACAAUCAUAAUCAUAAUGUCAUGUCAACCGUUAUGUCUGCGCCCAUUUGUUCUAAUUCAGCCUCUCCCUCCUCCUACAAUUCUACAACAACAUCGCAUUUUUAUAAUAAUUUACUACGUAAUAAUGGUUCCAAUUAUUUAAACAGCAAUACGACCAGCGAUGUCGUGGCCUCAACUUCUUCUGCCAACUCCUCCUCCAAUUACUCCUCCUCUGCGUCAACGAAUGAUCCACAAGCGUCAACAACUGCGGCAUUAACAACAACAACAACCACCAAUAAUAUUUCAAAUAACAGUCAUCACAACUGUGAUUAUCGUCAUGAAAGUAAUCAGAAUGGUUUAGAGGACUCACCACGUCGCCACAGUUCAAUGGAUCAAUUAUUAGGUUUACUCAAUGAAAUGGGUAAAUCAUCACGUACGCGAAGUCUCAGCGAUGGAGGUACACAAGAAGAUGACGAUGAACUUGACAAAGAAGCUCAACCUGAUUUAUUAAACAAUACACCUCCUGUGCCUCCCAAGCGUUCCCAUAGACGGCGUCAUACACCACCACGACCCAUAUCGAAUGGCCUGCCACCAACACCAAAAGUCCAUAUGGGUGCUUGUUUUUCGAAAAUCUUCAAUGGCUGCCCUCUGCGAGUACACUGCACAGCCUCGUGGAUACACCCGGAGACACGAGAUCAACACCUGUUGAUCGGUGCCGAAGAGGGCAUUUUCAAUUUGAAUAUGAACGAAUUGCAUGAUGCUGCCAUAGAUCAAUUAUUUCCACGUCGUACAACAUGGUUGUACGUCAUCAAAGAUGUCCUAAUGAGUCUGUCGGGCAAAUCGUGUCAACUGUAUAGACACGAUUUGAUCGCCCUACACUCGAAGCAAACACAUCGAUUUUCGUUGCACAUGAAUAAGAUACCGGAACGUUUGGUGCCACGAAAAUUUGCUCUAACCACAAAAGUACCCGAUACCAAAGGUUGUACACAGUGUUGCGUUACGCGAAAUCCCUACAAUGGCUAUAAGUAUUUGUGUGGUGCCACACCGAAUGGUAUUUUCCUAAUGCAAUGGUAUGAUCCAUUAAAUAAAUUUAUGCUGUUGAAACAAUGCGAGUGGCCGGCCACAAGCAUAUUGGGCGGUGGUCAUGGUUGUGUACAAAAUGGUCAUACACCGGUAUUUGAGAUGAUUAUAACACCGGAACUGGAAUAUCCCAUUGUGUGUACGGGUGUGCGUAAAGCUGCUAAUGGCUGUCUAAAGUUGGAACUCAUCAAUAUGAACAGUGGUGCAAGUUGGUUCCAUUCGGAUGAUUUGGAGUAUGAUGCUAUGGCCACUAUGGUACCCAGACGAGACUUGCUCAAAGUCGUUAAAGUUCAUCAAGUGGAAAAGGAUGCAAUUAUAGUUUGUUAUGGCAACAUUAUACAAGUGGUAACGCUACAGGGUAAUCCAAAACAACAUAAAAAAUUGGUCUCACAAUUAAAUUUCGAUUUCAAUGUGGACAGUAUAGUGUGUCUGCCAGACAGUGUUUUAGCAUUCCACAAGCACGGCAUGCAGGGCAAGUCGCUGCGUAAUGGUGAAAUAACACAAGAAAUUAAAGAUAUGAGUCGUACAUAUCGUCUGCUGGGUAGUGAUAAGUAAGUAUAACACUUUUGUUAUGAUU